GACGUUUAAAUUCAUCACCGUCCGACUAGCUAGCUUCUGCGUUUGACUGAACCAUUGCGUCUGAAGUCUUGGAUCUGAUGAAAGACAUGCUUAUUUUCUUCCAACAGAACACUGGGGCUCCUGAUCUGGCCCGUUGGUAAACAGUGUUCCACUUGUGUGAAGCUGAUCAUGGAUGAUGGUGACCCAACAACAGAACUCGGGCUCCAUCGGGAGUUGGAUGAAGAGGACUCCUCAGAUGAUAACUUACAAAAAGAAAAACUGAAGCUGCCAAAUCCAAUAUAUGUUGAGACUCCUAGGGAGACUGACUUUCACAUGACCACAAGACUCUGUCUGCAGCAGAUCAGAGAGGCUAUGUUGCAUCAUCGAUGGGUGGAGGCAGCAGAAUAUUUAUCCAGUUUUGCCCAGACAUUAGAAGAGACAAGUGGAUCUAGUAUGAGGCAUGUUCCAGAGAUUAUUUGGAGAAUUGGCACUGAGAUACUACACUAUCAUCCAAACACAAGGAGGGAAGACUACAGCAGCCUCUAUGAACUGAUGAAGCACUCGGGGGUUAAACAUUACCUGAUGAUCUGUAUGGAGCAUUCUUUCCAUCUCAUGGUGAAUGGCCUGAUUGAUGAAGCGCAGCUUCAGUUGUCUAUCGCAGAAAGUUGGAGGUAUGGAAACCCGUCAGAAGAGCAAGCUCAGAGGACUGAACUGAUGCAGGCCUACAGGAGUAUGCUUGAUUAUAUCACGUGGUGUGACAAAAAAGCCACACAGUACAACGCAGAUGAUCCAGAUGCUUGUGAAACCCAAGAGAUGAAUAUUUACUUCAGAAAAUCCACCAUUGGUCUGAAAGGAAUCCUGAAAAAUCCAGGCGUAUGGGAUCCCUUCAUACUUAGUUAUGUUAAUAUGCUGGAAUUCCACAAUGAUCAUGACGGAGCCUUGGAGGUCUUGAAUAACUAUGCAUAUGAUGACACUUUUCCUCAAAAUCCGAAUGCGCAUAUCUACCUGUACCGGUUCUUGAAGAAGCAGGGCGCUCCAGGGAAGAAGCUGAUGAAAGUGUUGAAGAUCCUUCAUAAAAUGGUUCCCAGUCAUGAGAUGAUGCUGGAGUACUUUUCUUUACUUCUCAAAUCAGAAACGGUAGACAAUGUCCAUGAGGCUUUAGGGGUCAUUCUAGACAUGCUGGACUACGCCUGCUGGAACAGCAGCUUGGAUGUGUGGAACUGUCUGAAGACCGUUAUUGACAAUUUAAAGCUUCAGGAUAAAGAUUGGGAGGACAUUAUUUUACAAAAGACGGUGCCAAGAAAGGAUUGGUGGCCUGCCCUGCACUUCACAAGCUUCCAUGCCAGAAAAGAUGCUGCGGAGAACCCAGAGUUGAUGAGAGUGAAGACGUUACUUGCAGGAAUCCUCUAUCCUGAUCAUGCAUGUUAUUACACUGCCGGUGAGGUAACAAGUGGAGCAAGCACUUGCAAGACGAAGGGAGAAAAUAUCAAAGCAUUGCCCCCGACGAAAAUAAAAAAAAAAAACUCUUGAAAUAUAGAAAAAAAUUUGCAAUAAUGAGGAUGGUCAAGGCUUCUUGAUGAAGUACACCCGUCCUACCAGGAGAGAUGAACUUUAAGGAGUCUCGGGAACCACAGGCUUCACAAGAAUAUUUGAUGAGGUACUGGAUGAAAAGACUAAAUGAUGGAAACGACUAAAUGAUCGUUCUCUCGUGUGGUGAAAGGCUGCAAAAACGAAACGUCACCCAGGUGUUCUCCAGUCGCCCACUAGGUGAAGCUCAUGUUUUGUCUUUCUGUUGCGUUAGGUUUAUUCUUUUAGUUUUUUUGCAACUACCUCAUUUUGACAGAAACACUUCGUAGCUCUGUCAGAGUAACGAUGGCUGUGUUUCACUAAAUGUUUUAUGGAAACCCAAAGUCUUAUUGUACCCUCAGCUGAACUUGGGACUGCAUUAUGGAUGAGCUUUAAGGCUACUUAUGAAUUUACAACAUGGACUGUAAGCAGCUUACCGUCUGGACUUUUUUUUUUUUUAGUUUUCUUACCAUGUCAAAGUGCUCAUUCAGGACUCGGCCUCCAUCUGCCAGCGAGAUGACUUGUGCAUAAAUGAAAGCUGGUCAGAUGGACCACUGAGAAAGAGGCACCGUCAGGAAUGUGAAAAGGAACAAAAACCGGACGUUCUCUAAUCUGAUUAAAGAUGUACUGGAGAAGUUUGUCUAAACAUGGA